AUGUCUCGCAAGGCCACACCCACUGACUGGGAGACAAAGCUUUGUAAAAAGCUAGGUGUGGAGUAUAGCACAAUUGACGAGACGCACAAGUUCCUCUCCGAAUCACUUCCGUUCUACAAAAAAGUGACUUCCGUAGUAAUUCCGCCGAUACACAGCUCAAUUGACUUCCUUCAUAAUAAUGUGUGCUCGGAUCCAGAGACCAGGGCAAGACAAGAAUCGAGUACAGAGGUAGCCAAGAGGGACAUCGACGUGGCAAAGCUAAUUGAGGCCGAAGGAUGCUCGAUAUCUGUCUUGAAUGCAUUGUUGGCCGCUCUGACGCCUGUUGGGAUUUCUCUAUUGCGGCAUGUGUACAAAAGCUUUCUAGAUAAUGCCAAGAAGGAUAGCUCGGAAGAGGUGCCUCAGGAAGUUAUCGAGUAUUUAGAAUCAAAUCUUUCUGCAGAGGAUCAGAGCGAGGAGCUUGGGUCUCAAACAACUAAAAAUCAAGACUCGAGGUUGAGUUUCGCUUCUCCUCUACGACCUGGCAGCGACAAGAAAAGAUAUCAUUCGGCACAUUCUAUUCCUACAAAAAAGAUAACCCAGAAUUAUUUGCCUCCUAGUCUCGAUGUUGAGGAGAGUGUGCUUCAAGGACUAGACCUCUCGGCCAUACUCGCCGAGAUAGAAAUACCGCCAGAGGCCGAGAGAACACCAUGGGAGAAUUCUUUUCUAAAAAAAAUGGAUUUCAUGGACACCGAUCAGUUCCAAAUCGUUCACUUUGUGGAUAGCAGCAAUGACGAUGGAUACACUCCAAAGAACUUGGAGAUCAUAAAGUUUUUCACUGCCCAGAAACUACAACGAGUUUUUAAUUUAUCGCCAAACGAUGAAGUGCACGACAGGUACGAAUGUUGGUUGCUUCGAGACGUUCUUCUACAAGGCCAUAUUUUUGUUACACGAGAGGCCAUAUGCUUUUAUCUGCUUCUUCCUGGUAAAGUUCAAAAUCCUGAAAGCAAAGACCCAGAUGUCGCUCUACAUGAAGGGGCAUUAGGCCAUGGAGACUCUUAUUUUUCUUCCGGGAAAACCACCAAGACUUGGGCUAUUCUAGGUCCACGGUCCCUCAGCCUAUACUCGUCUCCCACGAAACUUCUCUUUCCAAUAAAGGUUAUUGAUCUAAACAAUGCCCUCUAUUGCCAGCUAGUAGAAACAGUCCCGUCGACAUCAAGCACUAAUCUACGGUCUGACAAAUUGAAUCCCGUUUCAGGGGUUUCCUCUCCUACUACUUAUUCUGAAGCGUCAAGUAUUGCAGAAGACCAAGAGGACACAGAAACAGUCUUCAAAGGUGUUUGGUUCAAAAUCGUUUGCACGGAUAAGGUGUACAAGUUCCAAACUCAGGGAAUAUAUUCAGCGAGACAUUGGGUCACUGCUUUGACGAAAGUAAUUUUCAGUCUUCGGAACACAAAUUCACACCAAGAAGUGAUACUUAAGAUACCUGUCGAAGAAAUUCUUGACUACCAUAAGAAAAUCAUUCUAGUAGAUGAAGAUGGACUAGAUCAAGAGUCGAGCCUUGCUGAGAACUACGAAGUCCCUGUUGCAUUUUCUCUCAGUUACAAUCUCCCUGCUCAGGAGGUCAGAGAAAGUCUCAAACAAUUACAUAUGAAAUCCGGUACAGACGAUGAUUGUAUCAGCACUUCAGACUCAGUAAAUUUCCUCAUAUUUCGUCGAGGUGAUGAACUCUUCCUGCUCAUGGACUCUGUCUGUGACGAGUACAUGAAGGCUCACGUUGGUUCGAGCCAAGAGUCUAUAUUUUCGGUCGUAGCUGGCCCCAGGGAGACACUUCACCUCAAUUCACGACAUGUAACCUCGACAUUGCAACCCGAAUACUUAUCGGGAACCUCCAUCAUAAAUAAAAUUGAAUCUGUGAAUCAUGAGAUACAAGCAUACAGACAAGAACAAUAUUACACAUACAAGGAUGGAAAAAUCGUGAGUCCUCAUUCGGAGGAAAAAAAUGUCUCCGAAAAAGAAAGCAGAGUGAUGAAAGUUCUUGCUCUUUCCGACAGAAUUUUCUCACACUCUUCUAUUCCUCAGGUUCCACUAUCUUCCUCAAAUGUGUCGGUUUCCAGCGAUUUAUUCGACGAAUCUGACAUGGAGACAUGUGAAUCUUUUGAGCAAAUUUGGGAGCAUGACCCGAUCGUGAACUUACCCAAGCCCUUUACUUUGCUGACUUUAAGAAAUAGUGGGAUGGUUAUCAGAGCCCAACACCGAAAUGUUCAUGAAGUGGUCAUACAAUACAAGAUAAUGUUGGAACUAGAGGAAGAAAAUGAACUCAAAAAACGAACACAAACUCGUGUGCACUCGGCUUCAUCCCUCCAAUCGAAUUCGUCAGAUUUGAGUGAGGACGAUAACCGCUCGAAUGCCUCGUCCAAACUAAAACUGAUCAAAAGAAGUGUGAAAUCAGUAACAACAAUGGGAGGUUUUUGGCUGGUCAAACCAGAACAUUUCGAUAUUGAAAAGGUCAACACAGCUUUUUAUGUUGCAGAUAGUAAAGAGCGGGUUAAAGCCGUAGACAGAUUUAGGAACUAUUUUUCUCUAGGGUCUGACUCAGUAUUAGUCGCCUCAUACUACACUCAUCUCAAAAGAACCAUGCCUGUCUAUGGAAGGAUAUACAUCUCAAAUGACAAAUUAUACUUCCGCAGUGUUCUUCCCGGUAUAUCAACAAAGAUGAUCAUGCCUAUCACAAAGAUUCAGCUGUGCAAAAAAGGUUCUCAAAGAAAAUCACAUUACUAUAGUGAGGCAAUAAAAGUGAAGGGAAUGGAUGAAGUUGUUUUCGAGUUCGGCAGCGCCGAGCUCAGGGAUGACUUUCAUGAAACCAUAAAAUCACAGUUGGAGAGAGAACUUGAAUUCAUGAACGAGGGAUCAACGGCUUCAAGUGGGAAACUUUUGCCAGUUGCAAAAGGGAGGCCUUCUUUUGAUCCAGAUCGGUUUUAUCGAGCCAGAAUCCGUGCAGCCAGGUUGCGAUUACUAGAAGAUAGAAUCAGCGUCGCUUCUGGCAUUGAUUUCCCGCUCAUACUAGAGGACAAUCCUAUAAUAUUCACAGAAGUUGUUACCGCCAAGCCAUAUAAUAUUUUACUUCUCACAAUUGGGUCUAGAGGUGAUGUUCAGCCUUAUAUUGCAUUGGGCAAGGAACUUCUCCGAGAGGGUCACAGCGUGACAAUAGCAACGCACUCAGAAUUCCGUGAUUGGAUUUUGCAACAUGGUAUCGAGCAUAGAGAAGUCGCAGGUGAUCCUGCUGAGCUAAUGCAGCUCAUGGUAACUCACGGCUCUUUAUCGGUGGCAUUCUUGAAGGAGGCUCAUGCAAAGUUCAAGGAUUGGAUUGUGGACUUACUUGAGACUAGCUGGUUAGCUUGCCAAGGUGCUGAUUUGAUAAUUGAAAGUCCUUCCGCAAUGGGAGGAAUUCACAUUGCUGAGGCACUUGGUAUUCCAUACAUACGGGCUUUCACAAUGCCAUGGACUAGAUCGAAAGCAUAUCCGCAUGCUUUUAUUGUACCAGACCAGAAAAGAGGGGGCUCAUACAAUUUACUCACUCAUGUUAUGUUCGAGAACAUAUUUUGGAAAGGAAUCUCUGGACAGGUCAAUUCUUGGAGGGAAAAAACACUAGGAUUACCAAAGACAAAUCUAUCAAAACUCCAACAAUCUCGAAUUCCAUUCAUCUAUAACGUCUCGCCAUCGAUACUUCCUCCUAGUGUUGACUUCCCGGACUGGGUGAAAGUUUCUGGAUAUUGGUUCCUUAAUGAGGGAAACCAAGAUUAUAAGCCACCUUCAGAGCUUGAACAACUUCUUUUGAAGGCUCAGGACGAGCGGAAAAAGAUUAUCUACGUGGGAUUCGGAUCGAUUGUCGUCUCUGAUGCCAAUGCGUUGACACGAACAAUUGUAGACUCCGUGAUGGAGUUGGGAGUGAUGUGCAUUUUGAAUAAGGGAUGGUCGGAUCGCCUAAGCAAAUCAGAAGCGAGCGAAAAGGUUGUGUUGCCUCCAGAAGUAUUUGAGUGUGGUUCAAUUCCACAUGACUGGCUCUUUGCAAGAGUCGAUGUAGCUGUGCAUCACGGUGGUUCUGGAACCACCGGGGCAUCUCUUCGAGCAGGGUUGCCAACUAUUAUCAAGCCAUUCUUUGGAGACCAGUUCUUCUACGCCACAAGAAUCGAAGAUUUAGGUGUGGGCCUCAGUCUCAAGACUCUUACACAAAAGACGUUUACAAAAGCGAUCAAAUCGCUAAUUUUGGAUCGGAAAUACAAACUAAAAGCGGAAGAGAUCGCCAACAUGAUGCUGAAGGAACGAGGGGUCUUAUCGGCCAUUGAAGCCAUUUACACCGAAUUGGCCUAUUCCCGGUCUGUCAUGAUGCUGAUCAAACAAAAUUCCAAGCUGAAAUAA